AUGGCGCCAAGCAAAACGUUUAGAACGAAACAUAUCGAAUACAACGGACCUAAAACUAUUCUUGUACAGAACGAGAAUGGACCAUGCCCUUUAAUUGCGACGGUCAACACCCUAGUUAUUGCUGGUUCACCUAUCGUCAUGUCAUUACUUGAUAAAACAAAAGUGACGGUGGAGGAACUGCGUGAAAUGAUGCAGGAGGUGUGCAAUGUUCCAGGUUCAACGUCGGCAUUCCACAAAUUUUUUCCUACGUUGACAGAAGGCCUAGACAUUAACCCGCGAUUCAAUGGCACGUUCGCCCAGACCGAAGAGCUCGACUUGUUCUUGGAGUUUGACUUGCCAUUGAUUCAUGGAUGGGUAAUUACAGAUUCGGAACUACCCAAAAAGUUUGCUGGAGUUGCUAGCAAAGCGGCGAAGGUGAACUUUGACGAUUUCAACCUUGACUUGAUCCAAGGUCUAAAUGACGAAGAAAAGUCAGUUGAAUGGUUCAUCAAGCACAACCCGUCCCAAUUGUCAAACUCAGGAUUGAUUUAUUUGCAAUCCCGACUCAAACCAGAUAUCCCUGCUGUUUUUUUCCGCAAUAACCAUUAUGCAACCAUCAUUCUUCAUCACGAUGUUCUCUAUACCCUUGCAACGGAUGAAGGGUUGGCCUAUAAACCAGCAGUUUGGGAAGCUUUGACCGGAAUUGAAGGAGCUGGAGGACUAUGCGAUGCCGAUUUCAAUCCAAUUCAGCCCGAACCGGACGUCAGCCAAGACGAGGCAAUAGCUCGUGCGCUAGCUAGAGAAGAGCAGGGGUCUGAUCAAGCCAAAAGAGACGAAGAACUCGCACGCAAACUGAAUGAAAAAGAGCAGCGACGCUUGCAGCCGCGGGGGCAGCGGCAAGGCAGUGGGACCCCCACGCAACCAGCGACCCGCCCGGCCCUGACUCAACCGAAGCCUAAACCGAAGCCCAAGAGUGAAAAGGGCUGUAUUAUAGUAUAA